AUUCUGGUGACGUAUUUCCGCUUCCGGUACAAACAAACCAGCUCACAUUAUGGCGGUUUACUUUGGGCCGAUAUGAGUUUUUGCCUGCGUUUAUUGCCGGAUGAAACUUUACAGUGAGCGCAAUGUUCAACAAAAGCAAUGAUGCGAGUCCAAUUCGCUACUUUUGCACGAACGGUUACGGGAUGGAGCCGUUUGUCGUCGACGAGGUGACGCGAAAGCUUGCGGCGCACGACAUUGAGCGGCUGCAAGGUAAAGUGUUGUUUAGCUCCUCUGCACACAUCAGUUUAGUGAAGGAGCUCAAGUCUGCCGAAAGACUCUUCUUGUUGAUGAAGCGAGACUCUCCUCUGAAGCUGUCUGCUCCCGCCAACCAAGCCAGAGUUGCCUCUGUGCUGAAGUCCACGCUGAUUGGUGACCUGCAACAGUGGACCAGUGCUGAAAUGACAUGGAGGCGUCUGCAGGGGGUGGUAGCAGACAAGGAGAAGGAGAGUGAGGCUGAGGAGCAGAGGACAAUGGAAGAAAAGGUUUUUGAGGAGGAAAAUGGAGGUGACUUCCAAAUCUUGAAGAAAAGGAGAAAGAUGGACAGUGGACAUGAGUACGUCGACACGGAAGGUGACUUUAUUGCGGGAAAACAUGAUCUGGGUAAAACAGCACCAGGGGCUAAUCGGCAUUCUUCUGUCCCAUUUUCCUUUCGGAUUAGCUGCAAGUGUUCUGGGUCUGUGUCCCGCCACCUUAGUGUUCAGGAGGUGAGUAAAGUGUUGGGAACCAGUCUCAGUAGACAGUUGGGCUGGAAGGUUGAUUUGAGGAACCCACACAUUGAGAUUACCGUGUACUUGAGGGAUGACUAUUGCCUGCUUGGGAUCCCGCUCACCAGGUUACCGCUUGCUAAUCGAUGCUACAUCAAAACGACGGGACUCAGGUCCACAGUUGCCUGGGCAAUGGCUGAAUUGGCUCAAAUUCAGUUUGCUUCCCUUGUUCUCGAUCCAAUGUGUGGUAUGGGAACCAUCUUAAUCGAGGCAGCACGGGAACACCAGCUCGCUGGCUUCCUGGGUUUGGACAUCGAUGACAGGCAGCUGGACAAAGCGAGUGAGAAUGUUGCAUUCGCGGAGCUGGGAGACAGGAUACACCUCUUAAAAGCUUCAACUACUAAUAUGCCUCUCCCGAAUGCAAGCGUGGACGCGGUGGUCUGUGACCUCCCAUUCGGCAGGAAGUUUGGCACCAAAACAGACAUGGCCGCCAGUCUGCCGCUCAUCCUCGCCGAGAUGGAGAGAGUCCUCCGUGUGGGCGGAAGCUUGGUGCUCCUCCUGAGUCCUCAGUUGUCGUGCCUCCUGAAAAAACUCCUCACGCAGCCUCAAACGAGAAGUAAAGACUGUGCAAACAAGCAAGGAGCGCAGGAAGUCACGUCAACUCCUACGCAGGGAGAAGAGCCUCCGAUGGGGCUGAUGACUGAGCCGCGCCCCCCUCUCUCCUCUCUGGAUCACCAGGCCACUCUGAGACUCAGUUUAGGCACCAUAGAUGGACUUUUACAUAAAUAUAUAAAAACACAAAAUUAAUUUAGCAGGGCUGGACAUUUUCUACUCGUGUUAUCUUCAACAGGCAAAAUCAUGACCUGGAUGAAAUCUAUACUUAACCUUAUAGAUAGGCCAUUCUUGAAAAUGGAUGGUUGGACUCCGAUGUGGUGUCAUCUGUGUUUGCCCAAAAAAUGUUGACAUUUCAGCCUACAAAAACUCAACAUGGAUCUUGUUGGUUCUGUGUAAUCUCUGCCUGGUGGAUGCGACAGUGCCGUUUCACAAACGUAAACAGUUUAUUCCGGGCCAUUUCUUUUGGUUGAAUUGGCCUUAAAUUGUUUUAUGGGUGUGUUUUUUUAAGAUCCAAAUUAUUUAGUUUCAGUUUAGCAAUAUCUGAAGUUGAAUACUCAUAUUUGAUAUUUUGUCUAUUUGAUGUUAAUCUGAAUUUAAAUAAUAGAUCAGAAAUUACUCAACAGUUAGUCUGUGAAAUGCUCCACUCUAUAAAAAUCUCGAUAGAUUUUCUCCUGUUAUUUAUCGACAUGUUGUUUUACACCCAAUCCAAUUUCAUUUCAAUGAAAAGUCAAGCUGC